GUCUUACGGCACACACUGGCCACAGCCAGCCACAGGAAAACAGGGCACACAGCCACACCUCCAACUCCGGCAGCCCCACAACUACACCACAAGACACAACCCACGCGGCCGCGCCCCGAGCCACCUACCCGCCGUUUCCGACGCUGCGCCGCCAUCCACCGCCGCUGCCGCCGCCGACGUCGCCGUUCCCGGGUCUAUCGAGCGACGGAGCUCAUGUUCCCCUCGCCGCUGCUCGUCCGGCCGCCGACGCCGGCGAACCCUUCCCUUCCGUCUUGCCGUUGCGCGCCCGCUGUAGCGGCGGCGGUCAUCACUACCCACGCCUCCGCCGUAGUGUCCCCAUUCUCUAGGCUGCGUACCAAGUGUAGGUUCGCCGCGUCGGAUGUGAGAGAGGACUACUCUUCCACUCCGAUAGAUAUUGUCGCUGAUGUGAAAACCGAGAAGAUUGUGGUGUUGGGAGGAAAUGGAUUCGUUGGUUCUGCAAUUUGCAGAGCUGCUGUCUCUAAGGGCAUGGAAGUUGUGAGCAUAAGCAGGUCAGGAAGACCAUCUUACUCUGAUCCCUGGGUUGAUCAAGUCACUUGGCUGGCAGGGGAUGUUUUCUAUGCAAGAUGGGAUGAAGUAUUGGUUGGGGCUACUGCUGUUGUGUCUACCAUUGGAGGAUUUGGCAAUGAAGAACAGAUGAAAAGGAUAAAUGGUGAGGCGAAUGUCAUAGCAGUAGAUGCUGCAAAAGAAUAUGGAGUCCAAAAAUUCAUUUUAAUCUCUGUUCACGAUUACAAUCUUCCAUCCUUUCUUCUUGCCUCGGGUUAUUUCACUGGCAAGAGAAAGGCUGAGUCUGAAGUCCUCUCCAAAUACCCAGCCUCAGGUGUUGUAUUGAGGCCAGGCUUCAUUUAUGGUAAAAGGAAUGUAAAUGGGUUUGAGAUACCACUCGAUAUCGUAGGCCAACCAGUAGAGAAGUUACUUUCCUCUGUUGAAAAUUUCACCAAACCGUUGAGCUCAUUGCCUGCCUCCGACCUAAUCCUUGCACCCCCUGUGAGUGUGGAUGAUGUUGCCUAUGCUGUAAUCAACGCAAUCAUAGAUGACAGCUUCUUUGGGGUGUUCACAAUUGAGCAAAUCAAGGAAGCAGCAGCCAAGGUACGAGUGUGAACCUGGGAUCUUGUUUCCCUCUUGUCAGUGAAGGUAUUAUAAAUGGAAGGUUUCUAAUCUCAGCAGUAUCUUUCAAAUGCUCACCUUUUCUCUUUCUGAAUCUUGGAUCAUAGUCAAUAGUUCGAAGUUGAUACAACUUAGUGCUUUCCGUAUCCCCUUCCUGAUAGAAAGAACAUGGUCUAAAGAGUGACAUAUUUUCCCUGUAAGGCUGAAAUUGCCACUAUGAUGAAGGUUAUCUC